UACAUAAAAUAUGUUUAUCGGAUUUUUUUUUUCACAUAAUAUCGUAUAAAUAAUCCAUGAAAAAAAUUCUGUGAAUAAUCCGUUAUACUUUGCGUAAUGUGUGUGAAAAAACUUUUUUUUCAACAUAUCAGCGCGUUUUAUUUUAUCGCUCGCUAUAUGUGUAAUUAAAGCGACAACUUGUGUGACACGUGGAAUUCUUGAAACUAAAAAUUGUGCGCGAAAUUUUAUAUUAUACACGUCAAACACACAGACGUUGCACGUUAUGUGUCUGAUUAAUCGAUGAAAAAUAUGUUAUUUGAAAUAUAAAUUGCAACACGAAAGCGAUAUUUUAUCGACACCGAACAAAUGCAAGUGCUUUUAAUGUUUUAUAAAAUUUAAUCGCGCGUUUCGAAAAUCGCGCGAUACGAAAAAGUCGAAGAGAACGAAGAGAAGAAAAACGAAAAAUUAUAUAAUUUCAAACGACAUACUGUCGCACAUAACACUUGGAAAACAACAAAGGCGAGAGAUGCAAAAAAAAUCGAAGAUUCUGCGGUCCGCCUCUAUUGGCAGAAAAUCGACAGAAGCGAGACCUUCCACGUCGAAAGAAAAACACACAAAUCGCCGCAAGACAAUUUCGUUUGGCGCUAUUUAUGGAUCGCGAUGUGUAGCGUGCAAGAGCGAGGUGCAAUCGCCCAAAAUGAUGAGAUGUCGUCAUGUAUUUUGUCUACAAUGUUUUUCAAAUCGACUUAUAAUAUCACAUAAACAAGAGGGCGGUCGGACGUGUCCGAUCUGCAAUAUAGCGGUAAUAAACGACGCAGCAAAUACAAAGAGCGCAGUCAGCUUCGCGCCUUUACCAACAAAAAUACGAAAUGAAAAUUGCCGUAUUUGCGGCGAGACUUGCGUGACCAAAUGCAAACAUUGUAAACGCAGAUUUUGUGAUGAUUGCUGGACAAAUCAUGUUAAUGACUUGAAAGACGAGAUAGCGAAUAUAAGCGAAAAUCUUGAGACAUCAGCGAUCAAAUUCGAAGACAAAAUAAACAAUUUUCGAGAUAAAGCGAAUAAGAUGAAAGAGUUCAUCGACAGGGACAUCGAGGCCAAAAUAGCGGCACUUGAAAAAAAACGACAGGAUCGAAUGAUAAGGGUAGAAAAUAUCAUUGUCGCGGGCGAAACACCGGUGAACGAUAUUAAACAAAGAAUGAGUAAAACUCAAGCGGAAUUGAAAGAACAGCGGGAAGUCACGUACGAUUUAUUAUCCGAUAAUGAGAAAAAGGUGAAAACGUUUCUGGAUCUGCAGCAAAAAGUCGCGGAAGUGAUAGCGGCUAUCUCGAUUUGGGAGUUGGAACUGAGCGACGUAGAAAGAGGACUCGGGAAAAUUAACGUGCGCGCGAAAUCAUCUAACAAGGAGAACGUUGGAUUUUUGUACAAGCGAAGAACCUUCACACCGAAAAUUGUCAUGAACUAUAACACGGUACAACGGCCGUCCGCGUUAGCUAUUGACUGUUGGAGAGAUAAUAUUAUCGUGACCUGUCCAGGCUCCGGACAAAUUGUCAUUUUCGACAGGAAGUUCAAAGUUGUGCGAAGGAUUCGCCACCAAGAGAUGAUGGCGCCUCAAGGAAUCGCUUUCGUACAGGAGCAGGAUGAAAUAUACGUAACAGACAAGUGGAAACACUGCAUUUUCGUGUUCGAUCACAAAGGCGAACUUGUCCGUCGUAUGUGCAGCAAAGGUUACGGCGAGUCCGAAUUGCGCUCGCCGGAAGGGAUCACAUUACACCCAGAACGGAACGUGCUCUACAUCGCCGAUACCGGAAACAAUCGCGUACAGGUUCUCGAGAAGGACGGCACGUAUUUGGACUGCAUCGGGCCCAAGAACAAACAACACGCGAAUGGCACCGUCAGAUCUUGUAAAAGCGGCCCGAGUCAAUUGAAUCAACCAACGGACGUGGCUGUCACGACCACGCGCGUGGUCGUUGCCGAUUCCGGCAAUCAUAAAGUGAAGAUUUUCGAUCAAGAUGGACAACUUCUUCAGACGUUCGGUGGUAUUGGCACAGCGAAAGGCUUAUUUAGAUCGCCCGAGGUGUUGAAGAUCGACAAAAAGGGAAACAUCAUUGUCGGCGAUGCUGGAAACGGAAGAGUGCAGAUUUUUUCUCAGGACGGUAAAUUUCUGCGGGUGUUGGGCGCCAAAAGAACUCAGGGUCACAAGUUCGGAUGGGUGUCCGGUUUGUUGGUGAUGAACAAUUACAGUAUUUUAGUUUCCGACAGCAAAUCUAAUCUGAUAUAUUUAUUUUAGCAUACCAAUUUUAUAAUUUUGUAGAUUUGCAACUUUUCAUAAGAUAAAUAUAAGCGCAAAAAUUACGUUCAUAAGUUUUUGCCCGUUAAAACUUAUUUACCGCGUAUAAAAUAGUUUAAUAAUGAAAAAAAGAGAAUUUCAAAUUUUUUUUUUUAAUUCUGUUGCUAACUAUUCUGAAAGAUAAUGGCCACACGUUUUGCGUAAAUGCGCGAAAGCACGUUGUUAGUGCGAUACGCAGUAAUAUAUCGCACAAUAGCGCGCGAUUUUAAUCAGCCAUUUGCAAAUGUGAACCAACUGCAGUUGACAUAGCGAACAUGUUACAUAAUAAUAAACGUGUUAUAGAAUGUUGGAUGACGUAAAUUAUGCUGUAAAUAAAUCCGAUGUCUAGGUUUUGCGCGCGUAUAAAUGAAGCGUGACUACACACAAAAUCAUCGUAAUACAAGAGUGGCAUCUAAAGAGGAUAGAUAACCAUAUAAAUAUUUUAAUGUUUCGCUAGCUCUGCUUGUGUCGCUACACACACACCGUACGAUAGUUGUAGAUCUUUUUUUAACUCGUAUUUUAAUUAAUUUUAAGUAAUUUUCUUUGUAAACAGAAACUAAAUAAUGUAUAAAGUAAUU